GCCGAGCGCGCGGCAUCCGCCCGGGACUGGCUGUUGAGGGGUCCCGGGCUGUUGAGGGGCGGUUUAGGAGGAAAGUCGCCUUAGCUUCAAAGUCAAACUCACUUCCACGGUCCUCCAUCUCUGCAUCAGGAAACUUGUUCAGGCGGGAAACCGUGGUGUCCCCUCGCACCUUCUACAAUUUACAAACCAGCACAAGAUUCUUUUUGCUCCACCUCAGAAGAGUGGUUGCCUGGGACUCUGCAUCUCAGCUGACACCCUGGCCCAAGCUGCCAGCACCUCCCACUACAUUCUGGGAAUAGAAGAUGAACAAGCCUAUAACACCUUCAACAUAUGUGCGCUCCCUCAAUGUUGGACUAAUUAGGAAGCUGUCAGAUUUUAUUGAUCCUCAGGAAGGAUGGAAGAAGUUAGCAGUAGCUAUUAAAAAACCAUCUGGUGAUGAGAGAUACAAUCAGUUUCACAUAAGGAGAUUUGAAGCAUUGCUUCAAACUGGAAAAAGUCCCACUUGUGAAUUACUGUUUGAUUGGGGCACCACAAACUGCACAGUUGGUGAGCUCGUGGAUCUUUUGGUUCAAAAUGAGUUUUUUGCCCCUGCAAGUCUUUUGCUACCAGAUGCUGUUCCCAAAGUUGUUGAUAUACUACCUUCUAAAGAAACUGUAAAAAUUCAGCAGAAACAGAUGCCUCUCUUUGGCAAAGACAGGACAUCUGUGAUACCUUUGCAGAAUCCAGAACAAAAAUACAUGCCACCUGACUCAAGUCCAGAAAAAACAAGCUUAGAUAUUAGUGAUACACGUUUCUACAGCUUUUCAUUCUAUGAAUUGAAGAAUGUCACAAACAACUUUGAUGAACGACCCAUUUCUAUGGGUGGUAAUAAAAUGGGAGAGGGAGGAUUUGGAGUUGUGUAUAAAGGUUAUGUGAACAACAGAACUGUAGCAGUGAAAAAGCUGGCAACGAUGGUUGACAUUAGUACUGAAGAACUGAAAGAACAGUUUGAUCAGGAAAUAAAAGUAAUGGCAAAGUGUCAACAUGAAAACUUAGUAGAACUACUGGGUUUCUCAAGUGAUGGAGAUGACCUCUGCUUGGUAUAUGUUUACAUGCCUAAUGGUUCAUUACUGGACAGACUGUCAUGCUUGGAUGAUACUCCACCACUUCCUUGGCACGUAAGAUGUAAUAUAGCUCAGGGUGCAGCAAAUGGCAUCAGUUUUUUACAUGAAAACCAUCACAUUCAUAGAGAUAUUAAAAGUGCAAAUAUCUUACUAGAUGCAGACUUUACAGCUAAAAUAUCUGACUUUGGACUUGCACGGGCUUCUGAAAAGUUUGCCCAAACAGUCAUGACUAGCAGAAUUGUGGGAACAACGGCUUAUAUGGCUCCUGAAGCUUUGCGAGGAGAAAUCACACCCAAAUCUGACAUCUACAGCUUUGGUGUGGUUUUACUAGAAAUAAUAACUGGACUUCCACCUGUAGAUGAAAACCGUGAACCUCAGUUAUUGCUGGAUAUUAAAGAAGAAAUUGAAGACGAAGAAAAAACUAUUGAUGAUUAUGUUGAUAAGAAGAUGAAUGACAUUGAUUCCAUGUCCAUUGAAAAUAUGUACGCUGUUGCUACUCAGUGUCUGCAUGAAAAAAAAAAUAAGAGACCAGAUAUUAAGAAGGUUCAACAGCAACUGCAAGAAAUGACAGCAUCUUAACACUUGGCCUUUAAAGUUCUUGGCUUCCCAUAUACAGCUCUCCAAGACAUUUUUUCAUUAAAUUUUUUGUAAACUUUCUUCUUGUCUUUGCCAAGGAAUCAUGUACAGCAGCAAUUGUUAAAGCUUACAUGGCACCUCCAGCAUAUAGAGCAAACAAAAGCAGAGCUACUGUGUUGCUGCUUAGCCCUACCUUCCCACUGCCACUCCAGAUCUUAGAGCUGUCUUUAAGACAUCUCCUCGGAACCGCACCGAACAGUUUGUGAACUACAGGAUUAGCAAAAAAAAGUGCUGAACCACAGAUUCAAAGGACCCACAACUGAGACCCGACUUGACUACUAAUGGCUGUAAAACUUUGGAUAAUUUCCAGCGUCUUUGAAUCGUGGUUUUUUACUCUUGUGACUUUGACUAAUAUCUGCUGUGCCUCUCUGACAGAUAGUCAUGAAAAUAAAAUGAUGUAAAAUAUAUACCAGCAUUUUGUAACUUGUAAAGGUGAUAUAAAAUUUAAAGGUCAUAUAGAUGAUUAUAAAAUCCUAUUGCCAUCAUGUCUGUGGUGUCAUCUUCACAGUGUGCUAUAUUUUAAACGAUCAUUCACCACAAGCCCAAUAUGCCCUGAUGGUCUGUUGUUUUAGAUGCUGUUCUGUGGCAAAGUUGAAGGAAUUUUGCAGAUGCAGUUAAGGUUCCAAAUCAGCUGACUUAAAGUAUCCGCAGGGCGUGGUAGAUAGGCCUGCCCUAGUAAGGUGAACUCUCACAAGAAAUAAAGUCUGUUGGCCUUGAGAAAGUAAAUUAUUGUGUUGAAAAGAGUCACAUUGGCUGAGACAUAGGGUGGCCUUAGAGAUGAGAGCUACCUUCCAGUUAUCAGCCAGGAAAACACAACCAUACUGUAUAUGGGUUUCUGUUGAGAUGAAUUGACUAAAUCAUUUUAUUUUUCUUUUCAACUAGCAAAUGUUUCUGCUUACUUAGUUUAUAAAGGUAAUUUGAAAGGAGUGCUAUCUUUCCCCCAAGAAAGCAUUUAGGAAUGUCUAAAUAAUUAUAGAGGAUAAUCAUCUUCUGCUAUAGUCAGUAUCAUCAACUCACAUAAUUACCUUUUUUUUUUUGAUAUGGUAAGGAUAUUUAAGAUCUACUCCCCUAGCAAGUUCAAACAUUAUAGAAUGCAAUGCUAUCAAAUAGGUUGUCAUGUUAUGUAUUACAUUACAUGUACUUGUCUAAUACCUGUGUUUGUACCUUUAAACAGUUUCGUCCCAUACUCUAUAAGGUAUGUAUUAUUCAAUUACAGAAGUGGACACACACAAGAAUGACUUUUAAGUCAUUCAAAUUCUAAAGUAAUAAGUAGGGAAGCAAAAGCAAUGAAUUUUCAAAAUGAAUGCAAAAUUGUAUACCUCAAAGAAAUGGAGGGGGGGGAAUCACCUUAUGAAAUACUCUCACCUAAAGCAACAACUAUUAAAUGAGUUCAACAAAUAUUCCUUGGUUGUUUUCUAUGGUC